UGGGGACUCAACGGGCUCGGUGGAGAGCUACAGCUCACUGUGGAAGCCUUCAGCAGUAUCUCCACUUUUUGACAUCUAGCCAUGGAACCUUUCUAUGAUGAGACCAACUCAACUGACCGAUACUUGGAGCCUCAGUCUCAAUCCCCAACCAUCCUCGCCAUGGUCAUUCUUGGCCUCACUUUCCUACUGGGGUUGCCAGGCAAUGGGCUAGUGCUGUGGGUGGCUGGCCUGAAGAUGCGGCGCACGGUGAACACAGUUUGGUUUCUGCACCUCACCUGGGCAGACUUCCUCUGCUGCCUCUCCCUGCCUUUCUCCAUAGCUCACUUGGCUCUCAAAGGCUACUGGCCCUACGGCGAGAUCCUCUGCAAGCUCAUCCCCUCCGUCAUCAUCCUCAACAUGUUUGCCAGCGUUUUCCUGCUUACUGCUAUUAGCCUGGACCGAUGUUUGAUGGUACUCAAGCCAAUCUGGUGCCAGAAUCACCGCAGCGUGAGAACAGCCUGCAUCAUCUGUGGAUGCAUUUGGCUGGCAGCUUUCAUCCUAUGUACACCUGUGUUUGUGUACCGAAAGACAUCGACUUUAAACAACCACACUGUCUGUACCUACAAGUUUGGCCCCAUGCAAUACGACUAUUUGGACUACUUUGAUCCAGACUAUGAGACUCCUGAACCCCCUUCCCAGCUGCCUGGAGAAAUGGAAGAUAGAUCAGAUCCUUCUUUCCAAAAGCAUGUGCUUCCUGGGUCAGUCACCACUAUCCUUUAUUCUCAGACAUUUCAAAGACCUUCUGAAGAUUCACCUCAUGUGGAUUCUACAAAGUUAUCUACUCAGCAUAAAUCCGCUGGUGUGGUCUCACCCACAACCCUCUGUGGGCCUCCCAUGGAAGAAAUCAGAACUGACACAUUGAAUAGCUCUGCUUUUCUUACCACUAAUUUAGACCUCUUCCCCAAUGCGCACCAAGAUUUCUUAUCCACACCUGAGCUUUCACAAGACUUCCAGGAUGAUUUAAGCCCAUUCCCAUAUGAACAUCAAGUGCCAACACCUUUGAUGGCAAUAGCCUUCACAAGGCUAGUGGUAGGUUUCCUGCUGCCUGCGGUCAUCAUGAUAGUCUGUUACACCCUCAUUGUCUUCCGAAUGCAACGGAUCCGUGUUGUCAAGUCUCGGAACAAAGCCUUUCACCUGGCUGUGGUGGUGGUGACCAUAUUUCUUGUCUGCUGGACUCCAUACCACAUUUUUGGGGUCCUCACAUUGUUUGUUGAUUUGGACAGUCCCUUGGGGGAAGCUCUGGUGUCCUGGGACUGUGUGUCCCUUGCUCUUGCAUCUGCCAAUAGCUGCUUCAACCCCUUCCUGUACGCCCUCCUGGGGAGAGACCUUAGGAAGCGAGCACGACAGUCCAUGAAGGGCAUUCUGGAGGCAGCCUUCACGGAGGAUGUUACAAAGUCUCCGAGCUGUACGCAAAGCAAAGCCUUUUCAGAAAAAGACAGCUUCAGUACAAACGUGUAAAAAUAGAGAGCAGCCAACCUCAGAUGUUCCAAGGUGCACAUACGCGAAAGGAGGAACGUGGUAAUCAGAAACUAGUCGUCAAUCCAGUUCUCCACCAUGUAGGCCUGGACUAUAGGCAUCAGCCUGACCUAGAAAACAUUAGGAAUGCAAAAGCACCACUCCAGGCAUACCCAAUCAAAACCUCUGACUACUGGAGCUAAGUGUUCAGCAGGCCCUCUUGGUUUUAAAGUGAUUAUUUCCAUAUGCAUACAGCAUACACUGAGCAAAUCCAACCCACAUCUUACCCAACUUGCAGUAAUCACCAUCUUACUUUGAGGUUGGAUGUUUCCGGCUUCCACAUGUAAGAGAAUAUGUAGUACUGGUCUUCCUGGAUCUGGCUUAUUUCACUUAACAUAACCCCAUCUACUUUCCUGCAGAUGAUGGGACUUUAUUAUCCUGGAUAGCUGAGUAACACUCCACGGCUUGUGACUCCCAUACAUUCUUCCUCCAUUCAUCUGCUCACAGGCACCUAGGCUAAUUCAGUCUCUUAGCUGGGGUGAAUAGUGUUGCAAUAAACUUUGAUU